UGUGCCUCAUACCCCACAAUUAGGCGAGAGCUGAGGAGUUGUACAAUUUAUAAAGCUUACUUAACGUAAGACUCAGCUACUAUGUAGAACCUAGGAGUAUGCCACGUUGGAACUUCACAAAGGAACAUGACCAUUCAGAGAUUAAAUGACUUGUUACACACAGCUGACAUUCUUCAUUGAUCAAUGUUAGUUACUUUGACCAAUAAGACUCAAAAGAGAGUUGUACAUAUUACCGAGGCAAGUAAGAGAGGCACAGACGAACUUACACUUAUAUCCUCCUGAUUCAACGACAUGUCUUCAAAAUAGCUAUAGGGAACUACAACACAAUUCGAGUCAUUCUUAUAUUAUUAAUCGCACUUCUUUUUUCGCUUUUGAUAAUGGCUACUAGCAAUCAACUUAUUGUGCCUAUUCCCACUCAACUUCCUGAGCUGAAGCCAGAUACAUAUUUUUCUCAAGCGCAAUGGCGAAUUCUCCUUGCGCUAGUCGAUGCUGUCGUCCCAUCGAUUGUUGCAGACUCAAACACAACGGAUAAAAAGCUUCACCUACAAGUCUCGAAGUCCCAAUUGGAAGAGUCGUAUAAGCGUAUAAAGAAUUCUAUGAAACAUCCCCCAAACUAUGAGAAAUUCCAGCAGUACCUCCAAUCGCGCCCGCUGGACAAUCCGCGGUUCUUACAAGCAGUUAAGCGCAUACUCGAAAGCGUUCCAGAUAGUAAUAGGAAACAGCUCGGUGCCAUUCUUAACAUGAUGGCCACUCGUCUGGGGAGCCUGGCUGCAACGGGCUACUACACCCCUUUGCACGAACAACCAAUUCACAUCAGAGAAUCAGUAGUUCAAGCAUGGAACCACUCGUGGAUAACCGUCUGGCCCUUGAUUGGGAAUUCAAUCACUAGAAUAGCCAGGGUCUGCUUUGCUCACACAGAUCCUUUGUUUCGCGAGCUGAGCAGCUACACCGAGGUUUCCGAUGGCUAUAAGCCCGGCCCCUCAUUCGACUUCGACUUCAUGCAAUUCGAAGCUGGAUCCGAGAUAGAAACAAUUGAUACUGACGUCGUAAUCGUCGGCUCAGGGUGCGGAGGGGCAGUCUGCGCCAAGGUCCUUUCCGAGGCCGGGCACAAGGUAAUUGUUGUCGAUAAAGGCUAUUACUUCCCCCCUUCCAAGCUACCGAUGGAAAUCGAAGCAGGUCUUAGAUUUCUUUACGAAGGAAAUGGCACGAUGCAGACCGUAGACGGCUCCGUGACUAUCCUCGCCGGCAGUUGCUGGGGAGGAGGUGGAACAGUGAACUGGAGUGUCAGUCUAAAUCUCCAGGGGUUCGUACGACAGGAGUGGGCAGACCAGGGUCUAGACUUCUUUACCACGCAAGAGUUCCAACGCUGCAUAGAUCGCGUUUGUGACUAUAUGGGUGUUAGUGAUGCGCAUAUACGCCAUAACCAUGGAGCAAACGUUAUCCUUAACGGAUCAAAAAAAUUGGGCUGGACUGCGAAGCCAUGUCCUCAAAAUACUGGAGGCGCCGAACACUAUUGUGGCAAUUGUGCUACCGGCUGCGGAUCCGGCGAAAAGAAAGGCCCGUCUGUAAGCUGGCUUCCGGCUGCUGCAAGAGCGGGCGCGAAGUUUAUUGAAGGCUUCAACGCAACUGAAGUACUCUUUGAUAAGACUCGUGGGUUAAAGACAGCGGUUGGUGUGCUAGGAACGUGGACAUCACGAGAUAAUGAUGGGAACGUCCAUACGCCCGAGUCUGAAAGGAUCCAGAGGCAGGUUCGAAUAAGAGCGAAGAGAGUUAUUGUAUCUUGUGGCACACUCAACAGUCCACUGUUACUAAUGAGAAGCGGAUUAAGGAACCCUCAUAUCGGCAAACAUCUUUACCUCCAUCCGGUUUGCCAAAUAAACGCCGCGUUUGACAAAGAUAUCAAAGGCUGGGAAGGGGGGAUUUUGACGAGUGUUUGCAGCAGCUUUGAGAAUCUGGACGGGAAAGGACACGGCGUGAAACUUGAGCCGACUAGCAUGAUUCCUUACAUGUUCCUGCACGGACACCCCUGGCAGAACGCGUUGCAAUGGAAGUUAGACGUACUACGUGCCCGGCAGAUGAACAGUUUCAUCUCCAUGGCCCGUGACCGCGACACGGGCCGAGUAUACCCAGAUCCGAACGACGGACGGCCCAUCGUCAAAUAUUCGCCCUCGGCUUUCGACCGUAAGCACAUACUAACCGGAACAAUCGCCCUGGCCAAACUGUGCUACGUCGAAGGCGCGACCGAAAUCUGGCCCUUUGUCAAAAGCAUACCGUCCUUCGUGCGGCGAUCCGAACCAACCAACCCCUCCUCCUCCACCACCACCACCACGCCAGAUGAGGGGGAUGAUCACAUCGACCAAGGGAUCAACGAUCCGGACUUCGUCGCUUGGCUGAAAAACCUCGAGCGUGCCGGGCUUAACUUCCCCGACGCGGCGUUCGCAUCGGCUCACCAGAUGGGCACGUGCCGAAUGAGCGCGCACCCGGCUCGUGGCGUGGUCGAUCCCGAGGGCCGGGUCUGGGAAGCGCGGGGCUUGUACGUAGCGGACGCGAGCGUGUUCCCGACGGCGGCGGGCGUAAACCCCAUGGUUACCAACAUGGCUAUUGCGGACUGGAUCGCUAGGCGCCUGUCGAAGGAUCUGGUAAGAGAGGAGUACAUUCGUGCCGCGUUGUGAGAUAGAUACCCGGUACCUAACCUAGGUCUACCUAACCUGUACCUAUGUGGGUUACUUGAGGUACCUAUACGACCUCUGGUGGGAGGACCAGAACCACAUAUAUCUGUCAUAUUUGGCGGCCAAACAGAUUGUAACUAAAUGUUCCCCGAGGCGGAAACAACUCAAUCGUCUCCUUUCCAGCUUCUAUAUGAAAUAAUGCCAUCAUUUACUUUUUGCGUAUGUCCAACGUUAGCAAUCGGCCUCCUUAUUAAGAGAAAAUCUUUUCAUGUCGUAAGGAACUCCUAGUUAGGUACCUAUACUUUCAC